AUGUCAAUGUUGGCAUCGGCAGCUGUUGCAAACAUUAUUUGCAACCUUUUCCUUCAAUUGCCAGCUGAUAGAUGGACAGAUAUUCUUGGAUUCAAAAAACCAGUUUUAUCCAACGAUCAAAUGAACACACCAGAGUAUCAGCAUGCAUCUUUCGCAGCUAAACUCUCCGGCCUUUGGCUCGGUUUAACUCUCGGCAUGCUUCCAUUAUUCUUCAUCGAUGAUAAUUUGGAUAGAAGAGCUUCCGACAACCGGGAAUUCCUUUCUGGAACUAAAAGCGAGUGGUUUGUGAUGCAGGAGGAGGCCGAUAAUCGAAAAGUUAAUGCUGAUGAGUAUUGUGAACUUUUUAGUGGUGAAUAA